AUGGCGUCUCCCGCGCGGGACAGCCACGUGUGGGUGGGCUCCGAGACGGGCAUUUUGAAAGGGGUCAACCUGCAGAAGAAACAGGCCACAAACUAUAGGAUGGGGGAAGCAACGCUCAGUCGACAAGAAGCCGUCACUGCCAUGUGUUGGGGAGAUCCGUACGAAUCAGAGAUCUUUGUGGGAAGCCUCGACGGGUCCGUUCGGUUAUUCAGUACCGAGAAGGGCAAGUUUAUUGAAUCCCGAGACUGCCAGGGAGGUGAGGGACCUUUUUGUGGCUUAGCUAUCCUGGAGGGUUCCCUUAUCACCUGUGUGGAGUCGGGGUUGAUGAAAAUCUGGCGGGAUUCCUCCUCAGAAAAUGUGGAGGUUCAGGUGGGGCCCGGCGUCUGCCGCAUGAGGCAAAGCUCCGAACAGCCCCACCGUAUCGCCACGGGGGGGAAAGAGAAUUGCCUGAAAAUAUGGGACCUGCACCAGCCUCAGGAACCGGUUUUCCGAGCCAAAAACGUGCACCAUGAUUGGCUUGACCUGAGGGUACCUAUCUGGGACCAGGACAUGGAAUUCUUGCCUGGAUCUGAGAAGAUUGUGACCUGCACCGGACAUCACCAGGUCCGGCUUUACGAUCCCAGCUGCCCCCAGCGCCGUCCCGUUUUGGAGGUGACCUUUGGCGAAUACCCACUUACGUCCCUCUCGCUCACCUCCGAUGCAAACGCUGUUGUCGUUGGCAGUUCCCACGGAGACGUUGCGGUUAUAGAUCUACGGCAAGGGCGUUUGGUGAAGUGCCUCAAGGGUUUCGCUGGGAGCGUCCGCGCCAUCCGGUGUCACCCUACGCUGCCGGUGGUCGCCUCGUGUGGAUUGGACCGUUUCCUUCGGCUGCACAACCUCCACAGCCAGCGUUUAGAACAUAAGGUUUAUCUCAAAUCCCGAUUGAACUGCCUCUUGCUGACCACUCGGGAAAAAUGGGAGAGCGAGGACCUUGAGCCGUCCAUGAACCUCCCGGACGAGGUGAAAGAGGAAGAGGACGAAUUAUGGAACUCCCUGGAAGUGGUGGCUUCCAAGCGGAAAGCCGAUGAAGGUCUUGGCGCCAGGACGGAAAGUCCCAAACCCUCCAAGGACACGGCCGCGAAAAAGCAGAAGAAAAUGAAAAAGGCCAAAUUAUGUUCGCGGUGA